AUGCUACGAGAUCAUCUGUCCACACGAACACCUGCCCUCUUCCGCACUUAUGAUGCCUCAGUUCGGCUCAUUAUCUCGAGACCUCCUUGGGCAAGGAGGCCUCUUUCCCGCAGUCACCGUUUCCUGGCCGCCGGCCUGACUCCUUCUGAUUCUGAACAUUCCCCUCAUGACCCUCCGCCAUCGUUCUCCUCUGAACCAAACAUCGAUAUCACAAGUCUGCGAAAUACCCUUGAUGCCCACCGGGAAGCGAAUCGUGCCUCCAUCAUACGAAAGGUCGACCAGCAAGGUCGUACUACCACAAUAAACAAUCCUCAAAACCGAGCGGUUGCUCUCGCGGAUUCCGUUCACUAUCCUGAUCAACAGGAGCCAAACCUAAACACGUCAUCACAAAGCGCCCAACUUUUCUCUUCUCGUGCUGCUCAAAAUUCUCGCCGCUGGUCCUCGUCGCCUGGGAAGAUUGUGAAAGGCAGAAGUCGAGGUCUAGCCACCGUGUGGCGGCCCAAUAAUGGCGAGACUCUUCCUAUACGAUUUCGGCUUCCAUGGUUAGUCCAUCUUCGUGAUGCUCGACCCGGGACCUGGAUUCCGGCAAUUGACAGACUUUCUGCGGAGAUUCAAGCCUUUUAUACGUAUGUUUCUCCCUCUGAGGAAGAACAAAGGGUUGCCGAUAGUGCCCUUCAAGACAUCAUUCGGUUCAUCAAAUCCGCCGAUGGCAAUCUUGAUGUUGAUAUUAUUGGUUCCCGUGCCACUGGCACCGCAGACGCUUUAUCGGAUCUGGAUGUCAAUGUCUCCAAUCCUCUGACCCCUGCCUCCAUGAACAAACUCAGAACUCCCCGCGCGAUCCUGGGUUUCUUGGAGGGCGCUUUCCGUGGCCGCCACAAGAAAAUCAAAUUAAGCCAUCGCCCUUUCGAGGUCAUUGUCCACCUUAAGAACGCAAAGGUGCCCAUCUUAAUCUGUCGACACAAGUCCUCCGGCCUCCCCGUUCAGGUGCAGUGUACACCUCGAACAUACGAUAGCACCGAAUAUACCAAGGCCUUUCUUAAGGAAUAUCCCACACUCGGGAGCCUCUACAAAGUCUUGAAACAGAUGCUCGUCAUGCGCGCUCUCACCACUGGCAGCAGCGGAGGGUUGACUUCCUAUCCACUUCUGAACAUGAUCGUGGCCGCCCUCAAAUUUUCGGAAGGUAAGUUCCAGAGUACAGAUGCUGGGAGCCACCUUCUAUAUUUCCUUGACAUGUACUCGGAAAUCGACUUUUCUUCCCAGGGCAUUUCAAUACGACCACCCCAAUUUUUCCCCAAGGAAGUUACCGAGGAGUCCAAAUUGCAUUUCCCCGAUCCCAAAGAAGGUGCGGAAACAACAGAGACUCUUGAAUAUGAAUUUGAAGGGCAGCGCCGACUGAUCAUUCGCUCAAAGAUGCACCCACAUCUUAUGACGUUGCAAGAUCCGGCAAAUCCAUCCAACGACCUAGGACAAUCCGUUUACAGGAUCAAGGAUGUCCAGGAGACUUUCAUCAGCCUGCGAGAGAAGCUGAAGAAAGCAAUGAGGGAAUGGGAUAGUUCACAGGGCACAUCAGGUGGUAUAGAGAAUUCUUCCGUGGUGCGAUCGUUGCUGGAACCCUGUUUAGGUGGUGACUAUCGAAUCUACGAGGGUGACCGAAGUGACUUGAGAAAAUUGGAUCAGGGAAGAAGAGCUUUGAAGAAGGUUACCAUCUGA